UAUGGGGCUUAUUAUUACUCGAUUUGUUUGGAUUAUGCAGUUCAUUCUAGAUGUGCAACAAGGAGGGAUGUGUGGGAUGGACGAGAACUUGAGGAUGAGCCUGAAGAAAACGAAGAAUGUGAAGAACCAUAUAGGAUUGUGAGUGAUGGAGUAAUAAAUCACUUUAGCCAUCGAGAGCAUGAUCUAAGACUUGAGGAUGGUCCUACCGAUAUACAUGAUGAAUAUAUGCGUUUCAGAGCAUGCGUGCGUCCGGUCUACUCUAACACAUUCUAUAGUUGUAUGCAAUGUGAUGAUUUCAUUCUCCACGAAACGUGUGCUAACCUUCCUCGAAAGAAGCAACAUGUACUACAAAAUCAUCAACUUACUCUAUACCCUGAUGACAACAUAGUCAUGGAUUUUCCGAUGCUUCGUGGAGUUUUCUUAUGCUCUGCUUGUCACCGACUCUGUAGUGGUUUCAGGUAUGAAUGUUGCAAUAUCAAAUUAGAUGUACGAUGCGGUUCAAUAUUCGAACCAUUUUUCUACGAAUGUCACCCGCAUCCUUUGUUCCAGACUUCACUAGAUAGCAAGGUAUGUGUGACUUGCAAGCAAGAGUCGGAUUAUGUUUUGACUUGUAUAGAUUGCGAUUUUGUUUUGGAUUUUAAGUGUGCUACUUUACCACCUAAGGUAAGGUAUAAAUACGAUAGACAUCCUCUUAAACUAUGCUACGAUGGAGACAAGGACAUCGCCGGUAGUUAUUGGUGCGAGAUAUGUGAGAGAGAAAUGGAUCAAAAGAUAAUAUUUUACACUUGCGGAAGCUCUGGUCCGACUACUCAUAUCGAGUUUGUACUGGGAGAUUUCAGGUAUGUGAAGCUUCGACUACAUUUUGAGUUCAAUAAAAAGAAAUGGGAAGUGGCUUUGAAUGGUAUUAAUCGACCAGGAUGCUACAAGUGUGGCUUUCAUAGACUAGGAAACUCGAAUUCCGUUGGAUGA